AUGUCCCUCUCUCUCUCUCUCUCUCUCUCUCUCUCUCCCUCUCUCUCCCUCUCUCUCUUUCUCUCUCUCAUUCUUCUCCGUCAUGGAAAAUAUACAUACUAUUACUUUUCGUUUUCUUCCGUCUCUUUCACUAUUCCUUUUUCUUUUUUCCGUGUCUUUCACUAUUCCUUUUCCUUUUUUCUCACUCUUUCACUAUUCCUUUUCGUUUUCUUCUGUCUCUUUCACUAUUCCUUUUCAUUUCUUUCCCUCUCUUUCACUAUUCCUUUUCGUUUACUUCCGUCUCUUUCACUAUUCUUUUCUCUUUUUUCCCUCUCUUUCACUAUUCCUUUUCCUUUUUUCACUCUUUUUCACUGUUUCUUUUCGUUGUCUUACCUCUGUUUCACUAUUCCUUUUCAUUUUUCCCCUCUCUUUCUCUAUUCCUUUUCCUUUUUUCCCUCAUUUUUACUAUUCCUUUUCGUUUUCUUCCGUCUCUUUCACUAUUCCUUUUCCUUUUUUCCCUCUCUUUCACUAUUCCUUUUCUUUUUUUCCCUCUCUUUCACUAUUCCUUUUCGUUUUCUUCCGUCUCUUUCACUAUUCCUUUUCCUUUUUUCCCUAUUCUUUUCUUUUUUCCCUUUUCCAUUUUUUCCCUCUCUUUCACUAUUCCUUUUCGUUUUCUUCCGUCUCUUUCAUUCUAUUCCUUUCCUCUUUUUUCCUUUUCUCUUUCUCACUAUUCCUUUUCUUUUUUUCCUUUUCUCCUUUCUCUAUUCUUUUUCCUUUUUUCCCUCUCUUUCACUAUUCCUUUUCUUUUUUUCCUUCUCUUUCAUUAUUCCUUUUCGUUUUCUUCCGUCUCUUUCCUAUUCCUUUUCCUUUUUUCCUCUCUUUCACUAUUUCCUUUUUUUUUUCCUCUCUUUUCACUAUUCCUUUUUUUUUUUUUUCCAUCUCUUUUCCUUUUAUUCCUUUUUUUUUUUCCUUCACUUUCACUAUUCCUUUUCUUUUUUUUUCCUCUCUUUCACUAUUCCUUUUCCUUUUUUCUUCCUCUUUCACUAUUCCUUUUCUUUUUUCCCUCUCUUUCACUAUUCCUUUUCCUUUUUUCCCUCUCUUUCACUAUUCCUUUUCGUUUUCUUCCGUCUCUUUCACUAUUCCUUUUCCUUUUUCCCUCUCUUUCACUAUUCCUUUUCCUUUUUUUCCCUCUCUUUCACUAUUCCUUUUCCUUUUUCCCUCUCUUUCACUAUUCAUUUUUUCCAUUUUUCUUUUCCUUUUUUCACUAUUUUUUUCGUUUUUUUCCCUCUCUUUGACUAUUCCUUUUCAUUUUUCCCUCUCUUUCACUAUUCCUUUUCCAUUUUUCCCUCUCUUUCACUAUUCCUUUUUUUUUUUUCUUUCCGUCUCUUUUUCCCCUCUUUCCUUUUUCCUUUUUCCCUCUCUUUCACUAUUCCUUUUCUUUUUUCCCUCUCUUUCACUAUUCCUUUUCCUUUUUUCCCUCACUUUUACUAUUCCUUUUCGUUUUCUUCCGUCUCUUUCACUAUUCCUUUUCCUUUUUUCCCUCUCUUUCACUAUUCCUUUUCGUUUUCUUCCCUCUCUUUCACUAUUCCUUUUUCUUUUUUCCCUCUCUUUCACUAUUCCUUUUCCAUUUUUUCCCUCUCUUUCCCUAUUCCUUGUCCAUUUUUUCCCUCUCUUUCACUAUUCCUUUUCCUUUUUUCCCUCCCUUUCACUAUUCCUUUUCGUUUUCUUCCCUCUCUUUCACUAUUCCUUUUCAUUUUUUCCCUCUCUUUCACUAUUCUCUUUCCAUUUUUCUUCCUCUCUUUCACUAUUUUUCCCUUUCGUUUUCUUCCUUUUCAUUUUUUCACUAUUCUUUUUUCCUUUUUCCUUUUUCCCUUCUUUUAUUCCUUUUCCUUUUUCCCUUUCUUUCACGUUUAUUCCUUUUCGUUUUCUUCCGUCUCUUUCACUAUUCCUUUUCCUUUUUUCCCUCUCUUUCACUAUUCCUUUUCUUUUUUCCCUCUCUUUCACUAUUCCUUUUCCUUUUUUCCCUCUCUUUCACUAUUCCUUUUCCGUUUUCUUCCUCCUUUCACCUUUUAUUCCUCUUUUCCUUUUUCCCUCUCUUUCACUAUUCCUUUUCGUUUUUUCUGUCUCUUUCCUUAUUCCUUUUCAUUUCUUUCCUCUCUUUUUUCACUCUUUCCUUUUCUUUUUCUCUUUCCUAUUCUUUGCAUUUUCACUAUUCCUUUUCUUUUUUCCUCUCUUUCACUAUUCCUUUUCAUUUUUUUCCCUCUUUUUUCUUUUCUGUUUCUUUUCGUUUUCUUUCCCUCUGUUUCACUAUUAUCUUUUCAUUUUUUUCCCUCUCUUUCUCUAUUCCUUUUCCUUUUUCCCUCUUUUUUCCUUUUCCUUUUUUUCGUUUUCCUUUUCAUUUUCUCCCUCUCUUUCCUUUUCCUUUUUUUUCUUCCUCUCUUUCACUAUUCCUUUUCUUUUUCCCCUCUAUUCCUUUUCACUUUUCCUUUUCGUUUUCUUCCGUCUCUUUCACUAUUCCUUUUCCUUUUUUCCCUCUCUUUCACUAUUCCUUUUCCAUUUUUCCCUCUCUUUUCUCUCUUUCCUUUUCGUUUUUUUCCGUCUCUUUCACUAUUCCUUUUUUUUUUCCCUCUCUUUCACUAUUCCUUUUUUUUUUUCCUCUCUUUCACUAUUCCUUUUCAUUUUUUUUCUCUUUCUAUUUCUUUCACUAUUCUUUUUCUUUCCCUUUUUUUUCCUCUUUCAUUAUUCCUUUUCCAUUUUUUCCCUCUCUUUCACUAUUCCUUUUCAUUUUUUCUUCUUUUUUCCUAUUCCUUUUCCUUUUUUCCUCUCUUUCACUAUUCCUUUUCUUUUUUUCCCUCUCUUUAUUCUUUUCCUUUUCCUUUUUUCCAUCUCUUUUUUCACUCUUUUCUAUUUUUUUUUUUUCCUUCUUUCUAUUUUUCAUUUUCCCUCUUUUCUUCCUUUUCAUUUUUCUUCCUCUCUUUCACUAUUCCUUUUUUCUCUUUUCCUUUAUUCCUUUUCCUUUUUUCCCUCUCUUUCACUAUUCCUUUUCAUUUUUUCCCUCUCUUUUCCUAUUCCUUUUUGUUUUUCGUCUCUUUUCCCUUCCUUUUUCCUUUUUUUUCCUCUUCCUUUUCUUCCUUUUUUUUUCCGUCUCUUUCCCUAUUCCUUUUCCUUUUCCCUCUCUUUCUUUUCCUUUUCCUUUUCCUUUUUUCAUUUUCUUCUCUUUUUCAUUUUUCCUUUUCUCUUCCUUUUCCCUUUCUCUUUCACUAUUCCUUUUCCAUUUUUUCCUCUCUUUCACUAUUCCUUUUCGUUUUCUUCCGUCUCUUUCACUAUUCCUUUUCCUUUUUUCCCUCUCUUUCACUAUUCCUUUUCCAUUUUUUCCCUCUCUUUCACUAUUCCUUUUCGUUUUCUUCCGUCUCUUUCCUAUUCCUUUUCCUUUUUUCCCUCUCUUUCACUAUUCCUUUUCCUUUUUUCCCUCUCUUUCACUAUUCCUUUUCCUUUUUUUUUUCCUAUUCCUUUUACUAUUCCCCUUUUCUUUUUUCUUUUCUUAUCUCUUUCACUAUCAUUUUUUUCUUUCUCUUUUUUCAUUUUCCCUCUCUUUCACAAUUCCUUUUGAAAUUUUCUUCCCUCUCUUUCACUAUUCCUUUUUCGUUUUUCCUCUCUUUCCUCUUCCUUUCCUUUUUUAUUCCUCUUUCCAUUUUUUUCCUCUCUUUUCCUUUUCCUUGUCCAUUUUUUUCCUUUUCAUUUUUUCUCUAUUCCUUUUCCUUUUUUCCUCUCUUUCACUAUUCCUUUUCUUUUUUCCCUCUCUUUCACUAUUCCUUUUCCUUUUUUCCCUCUCUUUCACUAUUCCUUUUCGUUUUCUUCCGUCUCUUUCACUAUUCCUUUUCCUUUUUUUCCCUCUCUUUCACUAUUCCUUUUCGUUUUCUUCCCUCUCUUUCACUAUUCCUUUUCGUUUUCUUCCGUCUCUUUCUUUUAUUCCUUUUUCCUUUAGAUUUUCUUUUCUUCUUUAUUCCUUUUCCUUUUUUCCCUCUCUUUCACUAUUCCUUUUCGUUUUCUUCCAAAAGAAAUUUUCUUUCCUUUUCCUUUCUCCCGUCCUUUUCCUAUUCUUUUUCCCCUUUUUUCCCUUUUCACUUUUUAUUACUUUUUCUUUUUUUUCCCUCUCUUUCACUAUUCCUUUUUCGUUUUUUUCCUUCUAUUCUUUCAUUUUUUCCUUUUCCUUUUUCCUUUUUCUUCCUUUUCCCUAUUCCUUUUUUCCUCUUUUUUUCCCUCUCUUUCACUAUUCCUUUCCUUUUCCUUUUUCUUCCCUCUCUUUCCUAUUCCUUUUCAUUUUUUCCCUCUCUUUCACUAUUCCUUUUCCUUUUUCUAUUCCUUUCUUUCCCUAUAAAGAGAAAGUUUUUUUUUCUUCCCUUUUUUUCAUUUUAUUCCUUUUAUCUUUUUUCCCUCUUUUCCUAUUCCUUUUACUUUUUCCCUCUCUUUCACUAUUCCUUUUUUCCUUUUUUCCGUCUCUUUUACUUUUCCUUUUUCCUUUUUUCCCUCUUUUCACUAUUCCUUUUCCUUUUUUUUCCCUCUCUUUCACUAUUUUUUCGUUUUCUUCCGUCUCUUUCACUUAUUCCUUUUCCUUUUCCCUUUCUUUCACUAUUCCUUUUCUUUUUUUUUCUCUCUUUCACUAUUCCUAAAUGUUUUCUUCCGUCUCUUUCACUAUUCCCUUUUUCCCUCUCUUUCACUAUUCUUUUCCAUUUUUCUCCCUAUUCCUUUCAUUUAUUUUUUCCUUUUCGUUUUCCCUCUCUUUCCCUAUUCCUUUUACGUUUUCUUCCUCUCUUUUCCAUUAUACCUUUUCCUUUUUUUUUCCUUUUUCCCUAUACCUUUUCGUUUUUUUCCAUCUCUUUCACUAUUCCUUUUUCUUUUUCCCUCUCUUUCCUUUAUUCCUUUUCCUAUUCCUUUUUUUUCCCUCUCUUUCCUAUUCCUUUUCCAUUUUUUCCCUCUCUUUCCUUUCCUUUUCCAUUUUUUCUCUUUUCUUCCUCUCAUUUUUUUCACUAUUCCUUUUUCGUUUUCUUCCCUCUCUAUUUUCCUUUUUCCCUUUUCAAUUUUUUCAUUUGUCUUCUUUCUAUUCCUUUUCAUUUUUUUCCCUCUCUUUCACUAUUCCUUUUCCUUUUUUCCCUCCGUUUCACUAUUCCUUUUCGUUUUCUUCCCUCUCUUUCACUAUUCAUUUUCUUUUUCCCCUCUUUCAAUAUUCAUUUUCCAUUUUUUCCUCUCUUUCUCUAUUCCUUUUCUUUUUUCCUCUCUUUCACUAUUCCUUUUCCUUUUUCCUCUCUUUCACUAUUCCUUUUUUUUUUUUCCUCUCUUUCCUAUUCUUUUUCCUCUUUUUUAUUCCCUCUCUUUUUUUCUUUCUUUCUUUUCGUCUUUUCUAUUCCGUCUCUCUCUUUUCCUAUUCCUUUUUCCUUUUUCCUCUCUUUCACUAUACCUUUUUUUUUCCUUUUCAUUUUCACUAUUCUUUUUACUUUUUUCCCUCUCUUUUACUAUUCCUUUUCGUUUUAUUCCGUCUCUUUCACUAUUCCUUUUCCAUUUUUUCCCUCUCUUUCACUAUUCCUUUUCGUUUUCUUCCCUCUCUUUCACUAUUCCUUUUUCUUUUUUCCCUCUCUUUCCCUAUUCAUUUUCCAUUUUUUCCCUCUCUUUCACUAUUUCUUUUCUUUUUUUCCCUCUCUUUCACUAUUCCUUUACGUUUUCUUCCCUCUCUUUCACUAUUCCUUUUUCCUUUUUCCCUCUCUUUCCCUAUACCUUUUCCAUUUUUCCCUCUCUUUCUCUAUUCCUUUUCGUUUUCUUCCGUCUCUUUCACUAUUCCUUUUUUCUUUUUUCCUUCUCUUUUUCCUUGAAUUACUGUGCCCUGUAGCCAAUCAUAGUCCACUUGUCGACCAUCUGUUGUCCUCACACAUUUCUGUUGGUUUUUCCUCUCCUUUCUUUAUUCUGUUCCAUAAAUUUGACCACAUCGCUCUUUUUAUUCUGUCACAUCUUGGCAUCAUUGGUGCCAAUGUUCCAAAGAUGCUUUUUCUUUUUUCUUUUUUUUUUUUCCUUUUUUUUUCUUUUUUCUUUUUUUUUCUUUUUUUUUUUUCUUUUUUUUUUUUUUUUUUCCUUUUUUUCUUUUUCUUUUUCUUUUUUCUUUUUUUUCUUUUUUUUCUUUUUUUUUUCCUUUCUUUUUUUUUUUUUUUUUUUUUUCUUUUUUCUUUUCUUUUUCUUUCUCCCUUUUUUCUUUUCUUUUUCUUUCUCCCUUUUUUCUUUUCUUUUUCUUUCUCCCUUUUUUCUUUUCUUUUUUCUUUCUCCCUUUUUUCUUUUCUUUUUUCCUUUUUUCUUUUCCCUUUUCCUUUUUCUUUUCUUUUCCUUUUCUUUUUCUUUUUUUUUCUUUUUCCUUUUUUUCUUUUUUUUUUUUCCUUUUUCUUUUUUUUCCUUUUUUCCUUUUUCUUUUCCUUUUUCUUUUUUUUCUUUUCCCUUUUUUUCUUUUCUUUUUUUUUCUUUUUUCUUUCCUUUCUUUUUCUUUCCUUUUCCCCUUUUCUUUUCUUUUCCUUUUUUCUUUUUUCUUUUCCUUUUUCUUUCUCUUUUUUCCUUUUUCUUUUCGUUUUUCUUUUCCUUUUUCUUUUCUUUUUUUCUUUUCCUUUUUUUUCUUUUCGUUUUUUUUCCUUUUUUUCUUUUCGUUUUCCUUUUUCCCUUUUUCUUUUCCCUUUUUUUUUUUUCCCUCUUUUCUAUUCCCUUUUCUUUUUCCCUUCUUUCCCUAUUCGUUUUUCUUUCCUAUUCCCCUUUCUUUCCCUAUUCCCCUUUUUUUCCUUUCCCCUUUCUUUCCUCUUUUUUCUUUCCUUUCCCCUUUUCCCUCUCUUUCCCUAUUCCUUUUUCUUUUUAUUUCCUUUUUCCUAUUCCUUUUCUUUUGAUUCCCCUUUCUUUCCUAUUCCUUUCUUUUUCCUAUGUCCUUUUCUUUUCCCCUUUCCUUUUUCCCUCUCUUUCCCUUUCUUUUCUUAUUCCCUUUCUUUCCUAUUCCCCUUUCUUUUAUUCCCCUUUCUUUUCCCUAUUCCUUUUCUUUCCUAUUCCCCUUUCUUUUCUUUCCUUUUCCCCUCUCUUUUCCCCUUUCUUUCCUAUUCCCCUUUCUUUCCUAUUCCUUUUCUUCCCUAUUCCCUUUCUUUCCCUAUUCCCUUUCUUUCCUUCCCUUUCUUUCCCUAUUCCUUUCUUUCUUUUUUCCCCUUUCUUUCCUAUUCCCUUUCUUUCCUAUUCCCCUUUUUUUUCCUAUUCCCUUUUUCUUUCCUAUUCCCUUUCUUUCCCUAUUCCCCUUUCUUUCCUAUUCCCCUCUCUUUCCUAUUCCCCUUUUCUUUCCUAUUCCCCUUUCUUUUCCUAUUCCCCUUUCUUCCCUAUUCCUUUCCCUUUCCUAUUCCCUUUCUUUCUAUUCCCCUUUCUUUAUCCUUUUCUUUCUUUUCCUCUUCCCCUUUUCUUUCCUUUCCCCUUUCUUUUCCUAUUCCUUUUCUUUUCCUUUUCCCUUUCUUUCCUAUUCCCCUUUUAACUUUUAUUCCUUUUUCCUUUUCCCUCUAUUUCACUAUUCCUAAAUGUUUUUCUUCCGUAAAAAAAAAAAUUUUUAUUUUCCUUUUUCCUCUCUUUCACUAUAAAAGAAUUUUUCCCUCUCUUUCACUAUUCCUUUUCAUUUUCUUCCGUCUCUUUCAAUUAUUCUUUUUCCUUUUUUCCCUCUCUUAA